AUGGCCAAUACCAGCCCCACCGAUUACAAGAAACUCUUUUUGCAGGCCGAAGAGCGAGAGAAGCAGGAAACAGAGAGACGGAAGCAAGCUGAAGAAACUCAUGCGCUUCUGCCACAGUUUACUCUCCCGAUCGUUGAGAGUCGAAUCACCAUCUCGCUCGACUACAGGGAACAUACCCCUUCCCACCGCUCUGUGUGCAACUACCUCCAGCCUUCCCAGGAAGCCCGAGCACGUUUGUUUACCCCCUUGAUUGCGCUUGAGGAGGAUGCAAGACGAUUCGGUCUCCGUCCAAUUAGCAGUGAACAAGGUCUCGAGAACUACGAGCGAACUGCCGUGGAAGAUCACGUCCGUGAUAUAAUUGCAGAGCUAUGCAAAAUCGACGCUGCCCGAGACGAAUUCGGACUUGAGAUGGAAUCUGGUUCGACAAUCACACCAACUCUUUCAAUCCACGCGGCGGUAGCGAGGCAAAUGCAGACCAACCAUCAGGCAUACAUCGCCCCCGACCCGAUCAGUUCUGCAUCCACCGAGUCGACGGCAACACUAACACCCUCCUCACUACGGUCGAAUACAAGCCUCCCCACAAGCUUUCUAUGGAAGCACUUCGCGUGGGGCUUAGGGAAAUGGACUUAUGGAAAUGCAUGUCUCCAAGAGCCGAAUACCUCCAUCGCCAGGGUUCUGUGUCUGUGUCUGAUGGCGUUCCAUUCCCCUGUUCGUGACCAGGAAUGGAGAAAUACUACACAGUCGCGUCUUUAUUUGUGGACAACUAGCUUCGACCACGCUCGUUCUCAGAUCCCUAAGGAAGUCUUAGAGCAAAUCACUCUGCACUCCGAUAGUACCAACUCAGAGUAUAAUCUCCAACAGCAGGUCGCCGAGUGCCCACGAGGUCUCAAGCCAGCUGUGCCCCAUCAGAUGUCCGACACCGGAUUCAGUCGCCAGAAUCGUCAGGCUCCGACUCGAAUCAAGCGACCGCACGCAAACGAGGCUUCAGCCAGGUCACAUCUUCCCCUUCCGCGCAACGAGCGGCUCGUCAACGCGAGGCUGGGAAAGAUCAAGGCAGCCAUUCGAAACGCCAUGAUGCACAGUUUUGCACCCAGAGAUGUUUAUUAG